AUGCUGAGUUCAUUCUUUAGGUUCGUUCUGCUUUUCGUAUUCGCUUCUAACUUGGCUGGAAUUUUCAUUGCUGCUUCUUUUGAUGCGAUUCGACUGAUUCCGGACACUCUGAGUAAUCCUGCAACAACUUCUAUAGAGAGCGAUUCACAAACACCUUCGCCCCAACUCUAUAAUCUCAAUUUCAAUCUUCCAAUUGAACAACUAGAAGAUUCCUUUUUGUCCUAUCAUCGGUCUGUUGGAACUCCCAUAUCUCAACCUGUUAGCGAAGACAAUUACAAUACUCGUCGUCGACACGCUAAUCGACACUCUUUCACCAACGCCAUGAGUAAAUUCAUGAAAUCUCUUGGACGGAGUCUUCGUAGUGUUUCUGUAAAUGCUGGAAAAAGCGUUUACGAACCAGUGUUACGGGGUAUUUGGUCAAUUAGUCAAUACUUCACUAGCCUCUUUUCCCUCUUCUGGGGUCAAACUUCAACACAUACUGAACGUCCUACUCGUUCUCAACCUCGGUCCUCUCCAAUUAAAACCUCAGUUGAACCCGCCUCAUUACCUUCUCGUACCCAUCAAACACAGAACCGAAAAAUUGGAACUGAUGGCACUGAAAUUAACAACAUCUCCACUCCCCGUAAAUCAUUAGACGAUUUAAAACGAUUAGACUUGAGUUCAUGCCUUUUAACUCCAUUCCAGACACCACGACAGUCCCACACGAAAUCGAAUGGAGAUCUGUCAGCCUCUGUGUCAAAUAUUACGCAGGCUAGUGGUGAUAGUGCAAGUAUGGCAACAGUUUUCAGUAAUCAGCCGUCGAAGGCUCGGGGCAAUGGAAUUAAGCAAAACCCAAUAAAUGGAGGUCCUAUUGACUUAACAUCUUCACCAAAGUCAAAUUAUGGUACUUCGAAGAAACACUCGUUGCCUGCAUCAUCGCAUCCCGUAUCCAUGGUACCGAUAUAUCCUAAGGGUCGGAACUCGAAGCCAACACCUCUAAUAUCCAUGCCGCCUCCUUCACUCGUUAUGGAAAGCAUUAAGGUUGAAUCUGCUUCUAUGGGAGUUAAGAAACGCAGGCAAUUUCUUCCACACUCACCUCCAUUAUCCAAACAGUCCACUAAAAUGAAAAAUAACUUGGCCAGGGAGACCCCACCCACAAAGCAGAAGUCCCCUCCAAUUGACUCACCCUCUGUAGAGAAUUUAGCUCAGCGAAAGAAGCCAGAAAAGAAGGUCAAUUCUUUCCUAAAAACGUCAAUUUUAUCCUCACAAUCUCUGCCAACAGUUCCAGUUUGGCAGCCUCGGAAAGUUCGGAGAUCUCCUGAAGUUUCAGAGGCGCCAAAGGUCGCAAAUGAAUCAAUGGGAUCAGGGUUGUUUGGAUUGCCUUCAACUAGUGUUUGGUCGAUUGCAUCCAAACAGACAGAGUCCACUUUCGCCCCUCUCGUGGGCCAAAACUAUUUCGGAGAUAUAGAAUUUCCACCUCUUGGAACUCUUCCUCCGAAACGGUCCAGUAGAUCUUCAGCGAUCGAUGAAGGUUAG